AUGUCAUCAUCAUCAUCAAUCAUUACAUCUCUUGCACUUAUUGGUCAACAAAUUACUAUUUAUUGUGGUAUAUCUCUUCUUAUUGCAGGUACAUUAGGUGGAUUUAUUCUUACUAUUGUAUUUCUUAGUCUUCAAGUAUUUCGACAAAGUUCAUGUGCAUUCUACUUAACCAUUAUGUCAAUUGUUAAUAUCGGUCAAUUGUUCACAGGUCUCUUAUCUCGUAUUAUGAUUACAGGAUUUUCUAUUGAUUGGACUACAACUUCAUUAUUCUAUUGUAAAUUUCGAUUAUAUUUUGCAAAUGUUUGUGCACAAACAUCUUCAACAUGUUUAUGUUUAGCAAUUAUAGAUCAAUAUUUUGCUACUUCUGCUCAUCCCCGAUGGCAACAGUGGAGUAAUAUCAAAAUAGCUCAUCGUUUAAUCACAUUAUUCAUUAUUAUUUGGGUCUUAUGUGAUAUACCAUUUUUAAUUUUUUACAAUCAGAUUUACUCUACAAGUAUAAACAAGGUUACUUGUGUUAGUACAAGCACUAUUUUCACACAAUAUCGAAUUUAUUUUAAUGCUCCUGUUCUCGGAGGAUUUCUACCUGUCUGUAUUACAUCAUUCUUUGCAAUUAUGGCUUAUCUUAAUGUGCAACGCAUUGCGUACCGCACAGUACCUCUCGUCAGACGAGAACUAGAUAAACAAUUGGCCUCCAUAGUUCUGGUGCAAAUUCCCUGUACUAUUAUUUCUACUGUACCAUAUGCUAUUACAAAUAUUCUAACAUCAAAUCAAAACUUAAUGGCUAAUCAAGUUACCUGGGCACAAAUACAAUUUGCUUCUUCAAUGUCUCUCUUGUUACUCUAUGCUGGAUCUUGUACUCUAUUUUAUGUUUGUAUAUUGGUGUCAGAACGAUUUCGUCGACAGUUGAUGUUUGUUUUAACAAAGAUCUUUUGUCACCGAUGGACAGGACCAAAUGAAGUUGCUCCUGUUCAGAUAGCAAUAGAAGCAUAA